CCACAAAUACAAAAAUCAUUAGAGAUGAUGGAAGAAAGCGAUUAUAUAGAGUUAAAACUAGAAGAAGAGAAACAAGAAGUUGAUAUAGAAUUAGCAGAAAGUUCACCAGCCCGGUUUCUAGAGAACAAGGAGACUUGGAACAUAUUAAAAAUGAAGAUUGUGCUACUAAAAAAAAGAAGUGGGUAUUUUAAUACUAGUAGAAAUUCAAUGCCUUCACUUUCACGUCAAGCCACAAAAAUUAUUUUUUACAACAGACCAAAAGAAAUACUG